CAUCGGCGCGGGAACCUCUCUCUCCGUGACAUCAACCUGGAGUACUGUAGAGGCGGACUACGCGAGCACACGAGGACUGGAUUCGAAGCAGCACGUGGCAACUGAUUCUCACAUGCUGCGCGCCGAUCGCGAGAACAUACAGGCGACGCGAUGAUGCCCGAUCCGUCGCCUGUUGCAGGCACGAAGCGCCCUCACUCAGACUCCACCACGGCGCCAUCGGGACUGGGCAAGAAGAGAAGGAUACACCAUGCGCUCCACCAUGUCCAGCGAAUACCGAAGGCCAUCGAACCGGCGUCGCAGAAUCCCAUCUAUGCGCAAGGCCAGUUGUUGAAAAGCAUCAGUGCGGCGUUGGUGAUGGCAGGUUUCGACUCAGUUCUGCCAACGGCACUGGAAUUCUUUCGAUCACAUGUAGAGGAAUACAUGCUUCACUUUCUUUCAUACGCGCGAACCUCCAUGCACAACAACCGCAGAACGACACCUACCGCGCUCGACUUUGCGCAAGCCCUCGCGAACAUGCCGAACGCGCAUACCGCACGCCUCUUGGUACCCCAGCUAGCACUCGAUGUUCCCGAGGACAUCUCGUACCCUUCAAUACCAGAGCCAGAACCUGAUCCACCGGACGCGCCCGACUUCUCCAAGCUGCUAGAGCCGCUUAUUGAGCAACAGCCUCCUGCUUGGGCGCCUCGUCAUUUCCCUCCGCUGCCGCCGAAGCAUUCGUGGAAAGAGACUGCGGUCUAUCCGGAGCGCGAGAGGGACGCGCGUAAGAUGCGCGAAAAGGCGACGGAGGAAGGUGUGCUGGCAGAGCAGGCGCUGAGGAAACUAGCAGCUUCGGCAAAGGCAAGUGCGCUAAAUGCUGAGAAGCACCGGCACAACGCUUUGCGAGGCGAGGGCAAAUUGAGAGAGCCUGCAAGAAAUGGUGUGAGAGGUCCAGCGAGAGCUCACGAGGACACAUUUGCGGAAAUGAUGAAAGAAAUUGGGGCCAACGAUGAUGCUAUGGACCUGGCUGAGGAUGAGGCGCAGACAAGGACGGGCAUGGACUUGGGCAUGCCUGAAGGGGUGGUCGUAAAUCACGAUAUGCGCCAUUGGCGUAGAUCUGGGCAAAGAAGAGGCAUGCAUGCGUAGGUGCAGCAUGUCUUGUCCCGUUCGACGCACGCGUCACGACUGAGACAGAACAAUGCCAUCAAGGCUUCGGCUCGUAAGCGUCAGCAAGGCCGUCAGAGUGGUGGGCGGGUUGAGCCACAGAUGUACUCACGACCGAUGGCUGAUGUGCUCCGAAAGCUUGCUGAGUCUCCGCGAGGCCGUCUAUGGAAGCAAGCAUACCAUCCAAUCCCAGGCAUGCACUCGUUGCGGCAGCCAAGGCCUGACAUCGAGC